AUGGCCUUCGCGCAGCGCCUGUCCCAGCGCUCCUUGGACACGCGGCGCCGGGUGCCUCAACAGUGGGCGGCCCAGCAGGUGGCCCAGUUCGAGCGGAAGUGCGAGGCGGCUACUGACCGCGGCGGGCUUUCUGCUUCUCACGAUUGUCAAAGGUUCAAGCUUAUGCCCGUUUUGGAGGACGACCCCAAUCGAGAGGCCUUCCGCCAGGCGCUGCUGCAGGCUUUGCAACACCAUGGCUUCAGCCGUCUUGUGGUUAUCAAAGAAUGGGGCUCGUACCUUACUGAACGUGAUGAGCGUCUCACAAUCAAAGCGUCCUGGGAUGGCCUUGCCGAAGCUCCUGGCUGCGGGCCCGCAGAUGGAGGUGCAGGGAAUGGUUCCGGCUUCGUGGGCUCUUGCGGUAUUUGUCAGGAAGAUCGCCCCCUGGUGGCGUUGGCUCCGUGCGGCCACGCGCUUUGCCAAGGAUGCCAGCAGCAGCUGAGGGGCCAGCCGUGCCCCUUCUGCCGGCAGCCCGUGCAAGGAGCGACCCGUGGCUUGUUCAUGGACUAA